AGGAGGCCGAGAAAGAUGGGUGUUUGGAUUUGUGAACAUACGGCAAUAGUCUAUCCCGGGACCAGUAACGCUGUUGCCAACCAAGCCCACUACGACGCGGAAACUCAUAGAGACAAGAUGCCUACUACUCGCAGCAGCGGCCGAAGGAAGGCACCUGAGCUUAAAGAGGUUCUCCCAGUGAAAAAGGGGAGAAAGGCACCAAAGUCCAGAGCACCAGAACCUGAAAAGGCUGAAGAGCCAGAGGUUGUCCCAGAGAAGAAGGAGAAGGAGUCAGCGGCAGCUAAAGAGGAGCCUGAGGAGAAUGGCGAGGCAAAUGGUGAUGCAAAUGGUGAAGAGAAUGGUGUAAAAGAGGAGGAGGCAAAGGAAGAGGAAGAACCCAUGGAAGAGGAACCAGCAAAGGAAGAAGAGGAAACCAAGGAGGAAGCUAAAGAGGAAGAAGCUGCUAAAGAGGAGGAAGAGGAAGCCCCAAAGAAGGAAGAAGUUGCAGAAGAAAAAGAAAAUGAACCAGAAGCUAAUGGAGCAGAAGAAGUGGAAGAGCCAGAGGCCCCAGCACCCCCAGCGAAGGGGCGGCGAGGUCGCAAACCAAGAAAGGCCACAGUUGAGCAUUGCAAAUCGUGAAGCGUUUUCAAACGGAAUGCCGUUCAGGUGACAGACGGCAUCCGAGCUGAGUUCCCCAAUAUUGUGGUGGAGCUUAACCCUCAGAAGCCUCGCAGUAAAACUUUUGAGAUCACGAUAACCUUUGAUGACGGAAAGUCGGAAUUGGUGUGGUCUGGUCUCAAGAAAGGGCCCCCUCGCAAGUACAAGUUUCCUGAUAUUUCAGUUGUGCUUGAGGAAAUAAAGAACCAAAUGUAAAAGGGACACUGUUUUUAUUGAUGUAGUUUCAGGUUUGCAACCCUUUGUUGAAGAGAUUAUAAUUGGAAUUGGUAUAAAUCUUUGCAAUUUACCAAAUUUUUCAGUUCAUUUAAGAGAAUUGAUUCUGAUAAUUAUGAUAACUGUUCAGUGGGGAAAUUUGUUAAUGAAUGUCUGUAGUUUACAUUUUAAGGUGCAGCUUGAUGAACAGAAGUGUGUACAGUACUGCCUUUAUCUUGUAAAUUUUUAUCAACAGAAGGUUGCAUCAGAUGAGAAGGUCAUCUCUGGGUAAAUCUUGGAAGAGAUUCUUUACUUGUUCUAUUUAUGAAAGUCGAAAGGUAAAAGCUGAUGCUUGCUUUAGACUGGAUGUUUCUGAACACUUGAGACAAUAGUUCUUCCUAAGAGUUUCCAAAGAUGAUUUUCAUUUAUAUUAUUGAUACCAAACUCACUUAAGUCCCUACCUGUAAUGUUUAAAUAUGUACAAAGUUCACUGGUGCUGGCAGAGGUCUUGGAUGUAGAUAAUGGCCUUGUCACUGCCAGUAUUGAGGCUCUUGGGUAGUUCUUUACUCUCGUAGCUAUGUAUUGUGUGGUAUAAAGGACACUUUUCAUCCUCAUCUCUCUGCUUACUCCUGUGGACACUGCAUAAUAGCCCAGCUACCAUUUUCGGAGGAUUUAGAAUUUCAUGUUCGUUUCAUUAUUUUGAAUUGAGUCCUGUGAUUUGUAAUGUGAUUUGUUCUAGUUUUCAUUAGAAUUAUAAGAGAUUUUGUAUCGCCUUCAUGAAGAAUAAAUAUUUUUAUCAUAUUGAAUUGGACAAAAUCUUUAGUAUUUCUCCCACAAAGUGG